CUCUCAACCUACAAUGUAACAAAAAGUUUAAAUAAUGGCGGUUUGGCCGAGUGGUUAAGGCGAUUGACUCGGUACGUUACAUCACCAUCAAUACUACAUUUGUUCACGCCUAAUACUAAUUCUCCUCCAGAAAUCAAUUCCAUUCGUGGGCGCAUGUUCGAAUCAUGCAGCCGUCGUGUCUCCUUUUUUUGUUUUUUUUUAUUUAACCACCUUAUGUUUUACUACCCGCCGCUAAAGGCUGUCUUUAGUCCACUACAGCAGUCUACAUAUGUACGUUAA